CAGUUCGUAUGGAGAUGAGAUGACAGGGAAAGUUGACUUUCUCUUCAGGUGUCAGAUUAGAUUUGGAUCACGAAUUUUCCAGCUACUGGAGCUUAACCUGGAGAAGCAAAUCCUUACUGCUGAAACACAAAGGUUCCUUCUCCACCCACCGAAUCCAUUAUGUUCUUAGUCUCCACUCUCUACAGGCCUUGUUUUAUGUGAUCGGAGGAGAUGGUGCCGCUGCUCCCAUUAUUCCCACACUCGCAGUCAUCAUAAAGGACCCAUCCCUACUCCUCACUCGUGGGUUCACAGUCUAUCAAAUGGCCAAAUUUGUCAGAAUAUGUAUGUUGUGCCAUUCACAUAUGCUACAUAGGGUACCAUCUUCAUCAUCCCUCUUUGGAUGUUUGUCACAGUAAUCUGCUUAGAUCUUGUCGUAAUAUUGCGUUAGUGGUGACAGUGUUUCCCGCACAUCCGUCAGAUGACCAUACGAACACUUCAGAUUCCUUCAUCAAUAUAUAUUCAUCCAUUAGCAGCACUACCACUUUUGACGUCCGAUCUCAACCCGCCCUUUCUCUCCCUUUCCUGCCAACUGCAAAGCUUCCUGACAAAGAUAAAAGAAGCUGUGUUCGGAGAGGAAUCAAAGGGUUGUAAGAGAACAGACUUCAACCAAAGCAAAACCCUUGCACACCAAAACCACUAGGGCAGACACAGGAGACCCAAGGAAAGCAAUGGAUCCUGACCCGGCCGCAUCGUCUGUCGCCGGUGAUCCAUCUCCGCCACCCCCACCACCACCUCCUCAGCAGCAGCAGCAGCAGCCACCGAGUCGGUACGAGUCGCAGAAGCGGCGGGACUGGAACACGUUCCUGCAGUACCUGAGGAGCCACAGGCCGCCGCUGACCCUGGCGGGCUGCAGCGGGGCUCACGUGAUCGAGUUCUUGAAGUACCUGGACCAGUUCGGGAAGACGAAGGUGCACGCGCCCGGAUGCACCUUCUUCGGCCACCCGAACCCGCCGGCGCCGUGCGUGUGCCCGCUGAAGCAGGCCUGGGGCUCGCUCGACGCACUCAUCGGGCGCCUCCGGGCCGCCUACGAGGAGAACGACGGCCACCAGGACUCCAACCCCUUCGGCGCGAGGGCCGUCGGCGUCUACCUUCGGCAGGUGAAGGAGAAUCAGGCCAAAGCUCGCGGCAUCCCUUACGAGAAGAAGAAGAAGAAGCGGAAGCGCUUCCAGGACACGGAAACCCCCAGCGAAGGGAGAUCGGUUGGCGGAGCCGGAGCGGAGGCUUCGCUGUCCGCAGCCGUUGCUGUUUCCGGUGCGAGUGCAACUGGCACUAGUACUGUGGCUGAGGCUUUUAGCACUUCAACGGCAGUCGGAGACGGAUCGCUUGCGCCGCCGGCUGGCUCAUCAGCUCCUUAAGUAGCUCAUUUCCUUUCUUCUUGCUGCUAUUUGUCGAGGAAGGAUACAGGAGAUCGUACACACAAAGUUCUUGGCUAAUUCUUCAUAUUUCCGAGACCAAUUCGGCAUGUUUUGAUCUUUUGAUCCUUCCUUUCUCUUUCUCUGCCCCUUUUCUUCUGAUUGAAUUGGUGCACAGCAUCGACAAUUGUAAUCUCUUUGUUCCCUAUCCGUAUGAAGCCGACAAUUCUAUUA